CGAAGCUGGCCGACUCCUGAGGGGUGGGAUGCUUCAACCUCCAGGGCACAGAGAUUCCGAAACCUCCAGAGGCCUAGAAGGGCCCGAGGGUGAAGUUGAGAGUGGGGAGUCAGUGACACAGUUCCGUCUCCGCUGUGUUCCGAGGAGUGAGUCAGGACCUUUGGAUGAGGGUGAUAGCACACUCCCUUAGGAACAUCCUCAUCAAAACCAAGGAAGAGAUCAGGCAAGAUUUGUGCUGGGCAGAUUCUUUGGAGUGAGGCUGUGCUGGCCAGACUGAUUGAGGAAUUGAAGGAGCUGUAUAAUGGACUGGAAUUAGAAAAUGAAGAUAUUUACAUGGCAACCACCUUUGGGGACUUCAUCCAACUAUUAGUGAGAAAGCUAUGAGGGGGUGAUGAAGACAACAAGUGCAUCAUUGACUGUGUUGGCGGACCUCAUGGAACAGCGUCAGGAGGAGCUGGCCAUCAUUGAGGCUCUGGAUGCAGGUGCUGUCUGCACAUUGGCCCUGAAGAACCAUGUGGGCAUGUCCGUCCAGACCUUCUGCUACUUUGCUGGCUGGUGCGACAAGAUUCAGGGUCUGUGGCAUCAUCAUCCCCUGGAACUACCCCUGAUGCUGCUCUCCUGGAAGAUGGCUGCCUGCCUGGCCCCGGAAACACAGUGGUGAUUGAGCCUGGUCAGGGUACAGUGAGGCCCUGAAGAAUCUGAGCAUGAUAAGAAUGUGGACUGAGCAGCUACCAUCACAUUCCUGCUGAACAAAGUAAGGCAAAGGGAAGCAACAGAUUUCCAAAACUUGUAAGACAGCCCUGAAGCUGGAUAGUCACUGCAUUUGUCACUGUCGCCAUGAAGGUCUGGGCAGCACUGUGUGAGAGAGGACAUGCCACAGAAGGAGAAGGACAGGCCUCAGCAGACAAAAGCAGGGACUUACAUAUACGCUGUUAUUUCACUGGGAAGGGAUGGAGGAUUCUCCCUUUUUUAGGUGAAAUGUGGGGAUGUCCUUAUCUCACCAAUGGAUUUCCUAAGGAAAAAAGGAGCAAAUGAUACCAAGACAAGCUCAUAACAAAGAUCUAAUCACCAAAUGUGUACGGAUGAAAAUACAGUGAGAUGAGUCAGAAAACGACUAAGGAGGGUCCCAGACUCUCCAAGAACCAGAAGUUUACAGAGCACUUCAGCAUACAUUGCUGCCCACCAUUCACCUUCCUCAACUCCAAGCGUGAGAUCGUGGAUCGGAAAUAUAGCAUCUGUAAGAGUGGCUGCUUCUAUCAGAAGAAAGAAGAGGACUGGAUCUGCUGUGCCUGCCAGAAGACCAGCACCGGACGCCGUGCAACAUCCCCUCAGAGGCCCAAGCUCCAGCCAGCUGCACCCCCCGCGGUGGUCAGAGCACCAGCCAAGCCACGGUCCCCUCCGAGGUCUGAGCGUCAACCACGCCCCCGCCCAGAGGUCCGACCACCACCAGCCAAGCAGCGCCCCCCUCAGAAGUCCAAGCAGCCGCCGCGCAGCAGCCCCCAGAGAGGGCCAGGCACCAGCCGUGGGGGGUCCCCCAUCAAAGCUUCUAGAUUGAAAAGGAGGAGUAAGCCAACCCCACGGAAAAAGUGAGGGAGGAGUUUCAAGUGAAUGGACCACCUCAGGACCUGGACUCACUGCUUCUUGACUCACGUGCUCUUGGGCAAGUCACCUAGCUUCAAAUAUGGCGCAGGGGCAGACACCUGUUGAUGUGGCAACUACCAAUGCCCACAGUCCCCUCGGGGCAGGGGUUGCCGGGCAGCCUGCCUGGAGCCUUGUGAAGAUACCCCUCUGUUGUCUUCUGACCUCUGUCACUGCCAAUGAGAAAUAUGUUGUCAGUCUACUUGUUCUUCCAUUGACUCAAGUUCCUUCAAUCUGAAGAUAUAUAUCUUUCUUCAGGGAUGCACACAAAAAAAUAUGGUUGUAUAGCCACCAUAAUGGCAAAAAUAAAAAUUUAUCAAGUUUUGGGAAAAAUUCUGAUAAGCCACUGAUGAAAAUUUAUAAACUAUUGUAAUACUUCUGUGGUACAAAAUGGGGAUGCUAGCAAAACAAGAUAUUAUAUAACUUAUGAUCAAGCAAUUAUAAUUCUAGGUACUGAUCCUGGAGAAAACUUGCAUUCAUGAGAAAAGGAGGCACACAUACAUCUAUUCAGUAAAGAAUUGUUUGCUAUUGGAAAAGAAGAGAGAGAAAGAGAAAGGAAUUAAUAAAAAUGUUCACUAAUAGAAUGAGUAAAUCAACAAUGGUAUACUUAUAAAUAAAAUUCUUAACAGCAGUUAAAACAAAUGAAUCAUAUAUACCUAUACCAGGUACAUAAAUUUGUAAGACAAAUGAAGAAUAUAAAAAGCAAACAAUUGAUGGUAAAUGCAAUCUGAUGCCCCAUGCAUACAUUUUAAUGACCCAUAAUACUAUAAUUGUGCGAUAAGCAGAAACCAUGAUAUCUCAAAUGCUCUCUAUAAUGGAAUAGAUUUUAAAAAAUGACAACAAAAAAUGAAAGCCUAUCUAAAAAAUAUCUAUCCCCCAGAAGUCAAAAGGAAGAUAUGAAAUAAUUCCUGGCUUGAAGAAAUAAGAGAUUAAAACCUAUAUAGAAAUAGUCAACAAUAUUAGCCAGACACAAAGGAGUUUGGCGGGAUAAGUGGGAGACUCAUGAUCAGCCUGGGGUCUUUCCAAGGUUACAAGUCUUAGAGAACAGAACACUUGCUCAUUUUGGACCUGGGUUGUGCUGUGGCUUCAGGCAGAUUUCUGACAUGUGGACAAAAGGGGUAGAGUUGAAUACACCAUCCCUCCCAACCUUCCUGUAGCAAUAGGUAGGAAAGCACAGUAGAAGAUAAUGGAAUGUUGCAGAAUGUGGAGGGAUGUAAAAUGGGUAGUAUUAGUAGAGGAAACUCAGGAGAGUGAGGGCAUCUGAAGCAGUCUUGUGCUGGGGGUUGGGUGGCCAAGCACAGGCAGAUGCCUGACACUCCAACAAGGCUGUGGCUCUGUGUCCUUGAGUGAGCACAGCCAGACCCAGCCAAGUUUAAAAGGCAAGUGGGAAUAUGGGGCAAUGCCAGAGGAAGUCUGCUUAAGGUGUGGGGUUUGGGGGAGAGGGAAACCAGAGAGUAGGGAGGAAAAAUGCUAGACUCAGGUAAGAUCCAGCUCAGAAGACUAUUCCUCUGCAAAGCAGAAUCAAGCCAAGUACUCCCAAGGCAACUGGAAGAACAAGUCAGAGCAUUUGGCUUUCUCAGCUGGGGAGGCCACUUCUCUGGGCAAGUGGCAAUAAAAAGGCAGGGGAAUUGAACUACACAAAGCCCUCAGGUAGAAACGUUUCUCCUGCCUAAACUCGGGUGCUAAAUGAACAACAAAAUGAGAACCUCUACUAUGAACACUUUUUAACAAUGAGAUAGGUGAGGACAUUACAUUCCUGGGAAUGACACCAGGGGUGCCAUGACAGUCCACUAGAAAGAUCAAAUUUGUCGGCCAGCCCCACUCAAACCUAAUAAGGAAACUUAAUAUUCCUUCAGCCCAUUUUAGAUUUUGGCAGAGCCAGACCUCAUACUUAGUAACUUCCUUGGUUCUAUCCUCUAUAUCACUCAGAAGACACAGAUAUUACAGAAUGCAAAAUUGAGAAGGAAAGAGCAUGGUGUAUAUUAACUUAUGUUAAAAAACUGGAUAAUACCACAGAAAUGUUAAUAACUAGAAAUUACUGAAUUGUCUGUGUUUGUCUGUUGUGGAAAUAAAACCCCUGGGGAUGGAUAAAAAAUAUCUGGAAAUUACUUGAAACUAGUGGAUAACUAAGUGGAUAUUAUAACUAAAAUGUGCUAUAAUCCAAUUGUGGCCUUUUUUUUUUUUUUUUUUUUGGUCUUCUAAGUGUUGGUUCUGGGAAGCAUUAUGCCAUGAAUACUGCAAA